GCCGUGAACGGUGAUAACUGAUUAGUAAUUAAUUAUUGAAAGAAAAAAGACAAUACAUUAAACGUUAAACUAAUACCUAAAAAGUAAAAUAUAAUAUGUACGUAAUUAGUAUUUGUAACAAGUCAAUAACGCUCAACUUAAUUUUUUGAAGUUCCAAACGAAUACCUACUAUAUAAAUAUUAUAAAUUAAAAAUAUGAAACGAAUCCUACUCAUUGCGCCAUUUCACGUUUACCUACGUAUAACAAUAACAAAUCAUGUAUAAUUUGUUUUGAAAAACAACAAUUAAUGUUUUAAAUUGAUUUCAAAAAUAAUAACAACAAUUAUUAUUCAAUAUUUCGUCUUUUUUCUCAAGGUAGUCGCAUAACGUUAUGCAACGCGACUUGUUCCUACUCCGUGGCAGCCAUUACAUUUAUAAAUAUAUAUAUAGUAUAUAGAUUAUAGGUACUUAUAAUAUUUUUUGCUUACCCCACCUAAAAAUUAAAAAUCAGAAAAAUAUGUCAGAAUUUUGUUUUUUGUUUUAAUUUUGUCUGUGUGUUACCUGUUUUCUUAAAGAAAGGAAAUUUACUCGUUCGUACCGACGUGCUCGCAAUGGCUGGUCAUAAAAAGGAAAAACUAGAAAAGGUUCUUUUGAAGAAAAGCCGUCCAUCAAAAAAAUAUAAAACUUCAAAUUCUUGUAGCUGUUUGUCAUUUUUGCGAUUUGUGUAUGACUUAAUUGUGUCAUUUAUAUUUCACUAUAUUUACAAAAAUAUUCCAUCUAAAAUAUUACCUCCAGUAGAAGACUUAUUGGUUCUUGAUAGUUGUACAACUAUUGUCAAUAAAAUUAAAAAUAGAGAAGUUACAUGUCGCCAUGUUGUCGAAUGUUUUAUCAAACGAAUUGAACAAGUGAACCAAAUAUUAAAUGCUGUGGUUGAUACACGGUUCGACAAAGCAUUAGUCGAAGCAGAUGAGUAUGAUAAACUCAUUGAACUAGCGGAUACAGAAGAAAAAUUAAAUUUAAUUUUUGAUGGAAAACCUUUAUUUGGUGUUCCAUUUACAUCCAAAGAAAGUACAGGAGCAAAAGAAAUGGCUUUUACUUUUGGACUGGUAUCUAGAAUUGGCGCUAAAAGCAAAGAAGAUGCAGAUAUUGUUAAAUCAUUAAAGACUGCUGGUGCAAUACUUUUAGGUGUUACAAAUGUUCCAGAAAUAAACCUAUGGUGUGAAACUAGAAACAACGUUUACGGACAAACAAAUAAUCCUUACAACACAAACCGUUCAGCUGGUGGUUCUUCUGGUGGAGAAGCUAGCAUAGUGUCAGCAUGUGGUAGUCCUUUGGGUCUUGGAACAGAUAUUGGAGGAUCUGCACGUAUACCAGCAUUUAAUUGUGGUUUGUUUGGCCAUAAGUUGACUACAGGUUUUAUAAGUACAAAAGGUAUGACAUUUAGAAAAGGCACAGAAAAACAAACUAUGGUCAGUGCAGGACCUAUAACUAAAUAUGCUGAAGAUUUAACUCCAGUAAUUAAAGCCCUCCUUGGACCUGAAAAAUCUUUAGAAUUAAAAAUUAACCAAGAAGUUGAUUUGUCUAGUUUAAAAUAUUACUAUGUUGAUAAACCCAAUGAUGCACGAGUCAGUCCCAUUAGUGAUGAAUUACAAAUAGCUUUAAAUAAUGUUAUAGAGUCUAUAACUUCUAUCACUGAACUGCCUCCAUUCAAAGUAAAAUUUUCAGGAACUCGUUAUAGUUAUAGUUUAUGGAGACACGCUAUGACAAAGGAAGAAUCUGAUUUUUGUGCAACAUUGGGAAACAAUCAAACUAGAGUUUCUGUAUGGACAGAAGUUCCAAAAACAAUUAUAAGAUCUUCGAAUCAUACCUUGGCUGCAGUAUUAAAAUUAAUAGAUUUGCAACUACCAAAAGUAAAUGAAGUUUGGGCUGAUGCUGAGAUUGAGAAACUCUCAAAUGAAGUAUCGACAUUGUUGGGUGAUGAUGGCGUGUUAUUUUUCCCUUCGUCGCCAACCACAGCAAAACAUCAUUAUGAACCAUUCUUCUAUCCAUACAAUUUUGCUUAUUGGGCCAUCUUCAAUGUACUAAAACUACCAGUUACUCAAGUACCAGUUGGUUUAGGUAUAAACGGGUUACCAUUAGGAAUACAGGUGGUUGCUGGAAUGAAUCAAGAUCGGUUGUGUAUAGCCGUUGCAAAACACUUGGAAUCAACAUUUGGUGGAUGGAAACCUCCUUUUACAACUAGUACCGAGAUAAAUUGAAAUUUAUACUGAAGAAUUAUUUAUUAUAUUGGUUGGUUUUAUUUUUUGGUUAAAGGAAAUAUUUUUGAUAUAUGUUAUACUUAUAAAUGCUUAUUUAUGUUACUAAUUGUGAUAUUUACAUGGAAUAAUAGGUGAUGAUUUUAUGUAUGAUUUUCGUUUUAAUAUUAUAUUUAUUUUACACAGUAUACAUUUUAAACAUUCCAAAUAAUAAAUGUUGUUCUUUUUCUCUUAAUAAUAUUAAUGAUUUUAAUUACUGUUAAUUGUAUAAUAUAUUGAACAGUAAAACCUCUGUUUUCAAACAUCAUCCAAGACCAAAAACCAUUAUGGACAGUUUUUAAAUAUUUGAUAGCAAAAAAUGUGUAUAUUUUAAUCUCUUAUUAGUGUUCACCAUUGUGUGUAAACAUAUUUUUAAAUAAUUUUUCUUUAUUUGUAGAGGUUUUACUGUUGAUAUGUAUAUAUAUAUAUAUAUUAUAUAAUAUAUGUGUGUGUGUGUGUGUGUGUGUGUAUGUCUGAAUGUAUUGACGAAUAAGGACCCAGACUAUUUACAAAAAAACUGAAUACAUUAUUAUAUUAUUUUACAUAACCGUAUAGUCUUAUCUUAAUCUAAAUGUUUUUCAAUUUUUCUACUAAUUUUAAACCUAUAAUACUAUUUGUAUUGCCAUACACUUGUAUAAAUAUAAUACAUUAAAUUACUUUUAACAAGGUAUUUUAAGACUGUUAACAAACUUAGUAU